UUUAUUACAACCCUUUCAUUUUCUGGUCUAUCUUCUAUUUUCUAUUUUUUAUUUUUUAUUCUUUUAAGGAUUCUUUUGGGCAAUUGAUUGUGAUAAUAAGCAUGUGGGGUAUUUAUCACUGCACUCCAGCCAAGAUCACAUAACCCAGAUCUAUAUCAAAUUCCUCUCUUUCUGCCCCUCAAAUUUUCUCCAUUGUCGGCACGCAAAUCCUUAACAUGGAGGAAGAAAAUCAGUAAUCGGGCAGCAGCACUAAUACAUAGAUUUUUGAAGUUGAUAACUGAAGCUUGAGCUUGUUUUUCUGCGUUGAACAUCCGUCAAAUACAAGCGGAAGCUACCUUUACAGUUGCUUGCUUUAACCUACUUCCAUAAUCAUGGUAGACACCAAUGAUGGUUCAUUCUUUUCCGACAAAGCAGCUAAGAUCUUCGUAGCUGGUCAUCGAGGGUUAGUUGGUUCCGCCAUAGUCCGCAAGCUCCAAUCCCUCGGAUUUUCCAACCUGGUUUUACGAACCCAUUCUGAGCUCGACCUAGCCGUUCAAUCUGACGUUGAUACUUUCUUCGCUUCCGAGAAGCCCAAGUUUGUCAUCCUUGCGGCUGCUAAAGUAGGCGGAAUCCAUGCAAAUAACACCUAUCCCGCUGACUUCAUUUCCAUUAAUCUCCAGAUACAAACCAACGUCAUUAACUCAUCGUUCAUCCAUGGUGUCCAAAAACUUCUCUUUCUUGGAUCCUCCUGUAUUUACCCUAAGUUUGCCCCUCAACCGAUUCCUGAAUCUGCACUUUUAACCGGUCCUCUGGAGCCCACCAAUGAGUGGUACGCCAUUGCCAAAAUCGCUGGAAUUAAGAUGUGCCAGGCUUAUCGAAUUCAACACAAUUGGGAUGCAAUUUCGGGGAUGCCCACCAAUCUAUAUGGUCCAAAUGACAAUUUUCACCCUGAAAAUUCCCACGUUUUACCGGCACUGAUGAGGCGGUUCCACGAGGCAAAAGUGAUGGGGGAUAAAGAGGUAGUUGUGUGGGGGAGUGGAUCUCCUUUGAGGGAGUUUUUGCACGUAGAUGAUCUGGCCGAUGCUGUAAUUUUUCUGAUGGAUAAGUAUAGCGGAUUGAGCCACUUGAAUGUCGGGAGUGGCAAAGAGGUGACUAUUAAGGAGUUAGCCGAGCUGGUGAAGGACGUUGUCAAGUUCAAAGGAGAGCUUGUUUGGGAUAAAACUAAGCCAGAUGGCACCCCAAGGAAGCUUAUGGACAGCUCUAAGUUGAUGGAAUUGGGUUGGGAACCGAAAAUUUCACUUAGAGAUGGUCUUGUAGAUACUUACAAAUGGUACUUGGAAAAUUAUGUUGUCAAGCAAUAAUCUCCAUUAUGGGUAUGAGUUGCUGCCUUCAUUCUCUCCCUAGACCCUGAUCAUAGAACGAGAUACACUGAGUAUGAUGAUGAGAAAGAGGAGGCGAAGAACCGUUUUACAACUCCCGAUUGCUUGAUUUUGGUUGAUUGUAUGCAUUACUUAAUACAUUUAAGAAAGUUGAUUAUUAGUUCUUCGAGCUUAUAUUUGUACCAUUUUUGGAAUCUGAUAAUCUUUUGUUCCGAGUUAAUAUCUUGAUCAAUCAGACUUUGCAUUUAA